CGAGCCAUGGCCACCGUUUCUCAGCUGCGAACCCUCCUGUGAGUCCUGACCUUGGUUAGCCUCUCCAUCCAUGCGAGGGCGACAAUGGCGCCCGCCUCCAUAGCCAUCUCCCUCCCUUUCCGCCUCCUCCUCCCGCCCCGGCCGUUCCGCGGGAGGGCGACGUGGCCCCGAGCGAUUAGGGCUACGGCUUCGGGCGACACGAGCGGCGUUGCGGGCGGGGAGCGGAAGGUGGCUCUGGAGAGGAGGGUGGGAGAUCUGAAGGCGCUCGUCGCCUCCGUGCCUCCUGCUGUUGCUUCGAUCCAGAGAAACAUUGGUCCGAAUUUUGUUGCUGGUUUCUGUCUUGGCAUUGCAGUUUUGGCUGCUGUUGCAAGACAAGUCAUCAUAAGAAGUCGAGAGCGUGACAAUAGAGGUUCUGUUGCUGAUCUAGUAAGGCGUGGACAGUUAAAAUCGGGCCAACGAGGGACUGCAAAGCUCCGAACAUACGAUGAUCCUUUCAAUAAUCCAUUAGUCAAGAUUGAUGAGGAUGCUUCUACUGCACAAAUGUUUGGCAAGGAGUACCGGUUGGCUCCUGUUAGGCUUACGAAAGAACAGCAAGAAUUGCAUCAGAAAAGGAGAUCACGUGCAUAUCAGUGGAAAAGGCCAACUGUGUUUCUUAGGGAAGGUGAUUCCCUGCCACCACAUGUUGACCCGGAUACAGUUAGAUGGAUUCCUGCAAACCACCCUUUCGCUGCUGCUUCAAGUGAAGUAGAUGAGGAGACAGCCAAACAGAAUGUUUAUCAAAAAGAUGGCGUCCCAUCCCGUGUUAAGGCUGAGCAUGAAGCUUUGCAGGCAAGGCUAGAGGCUUCAAAUGAUGUUACCAAACUCCCUUCAAAUUCGAGUAUGCAGCAUAAUGAGAGACCACUGAGGUUAUCUGGCAAACCAUUUGGGAAUCUUCAGAGCUCAGAGUUUGGCUCAGAGCUAGAGAACCAAGAUAUCGAGCCUGGUAAACAUAGCUGUGAUGAAAGUUUACAGUCAAACAGGCUGGAAGGGCAAUAAAAUCUGUGUACUCCAGCUCUUUGGCUUUGUUGGAUAGUGUUUUCAGCUUUUAGCUUUUAGCUGUAGAUAUAGAUGUUUUGGAGCAGUGGGCUCACCGGCUUACAUAGUAAGCAGUUAACAUGGAAAGCCACUUGAUGUCUUGUAAAUUGAGAUUUUUUUUUUUGGCGGAAGAAUUUGAGAUGUAAGCUAUGCAACCUGUUUGUCAUCCUCACAAGCUUAGAAAUGUAGAGUUGGAAGGUUCUCUCU